UGUCUCGCGACAAAAUAUCUUGGGUGUCUUACGGCUGGUUGGCUGUAGCUGCGGGUCAGUAGUGGUCGGUGAAUGCAUGGUGUCCAUCGAUAAACUCCGACUUGUAGCCGCAAAGGGAUAGCACUGGCUGUAGAAAGGGUUUUGUAGGUUGUAUGUUUUAUAGCUAAUCUUUGAAGUAGCACAACCAUGGGCGUGGAAGUCGAGACAAUAUCUCCCGGUGAUGGGCGAACAUUUCCAAAGAAAGGCCAAACAUGUGUUGUUCAUUACAUAGGUAUGCUGCAGAACGGGAAAAAGUUUGACUCCUCUCGAGACCGGAACAAGCCCUUCAAGUUCAAGAUUGGACGGAUGGAGGUCAUAAAGGGCUGGGAAGAAGGAGUAGCACAGAUGAGCCUCGGCCAGAGGGCUAAAAUCACCUGCACACCAGAUAUGGCCUAUGGAACAACAGGCCACCCCGGGGUCAUCCCACCAAACGCAACCCUUAUUUUCGACGUGGAACUGCUCAAACUAGAGUGAUGCUUGUAGUAACAUGCAAAGGUUAACGAGGCUGCAUUUCUGCAGGAAGACCAUACCCGGUUGCUGCCUCCCACCUUCCAUCUCCUCCUUGUCUUUAUUUUGAUUUCUACCAUAUUCUUCAGUUCAGUAUUUAAAAUGUAUCUUCUGCUGCUUUGUUGCCAUCUUGUCAAUUAUGGAUUCUGCUAUAAGAUAUCACAUCAUGUAAGACUUUUACACGCGUUUUCUGUUUGUUAGAGAUGCUUAUUCUUUGUUUCAUUUAAUGUUGUAAAUUUUUUCAGAGGAAAUCUUUCAUCAGAUGAAAAUCAAUAUGACUUUACAAUCAAAACAUAAACUGCCUUACAAUUUGAACAAAAGAGGAAGGGUACAUAUGUUCAAAAUACACUAUUUCUGCUCUGUACAUGAACUGGGCAUUAUACACCACUGUCUUCAUUGCCACUUUGAUAAAGGCUUGUCCUGCUGAAUGCUCUGAAUGAUGUUGCUGUUUAGAGUAUUUUAUAACCAUUAUGCACAUUUACUGCAAAGUGUACCCUAUCAAAUUUUAUCAAUACUGUACAGCACUCUUGAAGAGCCAUUACUACUAUGACAGUUUACUGACCAACUCUUGAAUAAAAUUGGCAUGUACUGUGUUGAA